UUUCAUUGAGCGAGAGUAAAUUCUCAAGACAAGGAAGUACACGAACGAGAGUAUGGAAAAUGAGUCCGAGCAAAUUUCGGGGACGAAAUUUUUAUAAGGGUGGAGGAAAUGUAACACCCCAACAUUUGGGUCUGGGUUCGACCAAACGAUUGUAUCAACAGCAGCAACAACAACAUUUGCUCAUCAAAGGUAAUAAUCAUCAUUCUCCCCACUCACUCUCACCAGCGGUAGGAAAGAGGAAGAAAGGAAGAAAAGAAGAAAAAAAAAGAUGUGGACUGGGCUUGCCGCGCGGAGAAGAAAAGGAAGGGCGGGCUUGGCCUGCCGGCCCAGAAGGAAGAAGGGGAAAGAAGAAGGGCUUUGGCCCGAAGGAAAGAAAGAAGGAAAGGAAGAAAGGGAGAAGAUUUGGCCCGGCGGCCAGGGGGAAAGAGGAGGAAAGGAAUGGGCUCGGUUUUGGCCCAAGAUGAUAAAGGGAAGGAAUAGGUGGGCUGGAGCCCGAAAGAAAGAAAGAAGCGAAGGAAGAGGGUGGGAUUGAGGCCCAAGUGCAAGGAAGGAAAGAGGAAUCGUCUUCCUCUGGAAAGCUCGACCAAGAGCGUGGAAACAUGAUGAAAUAAAGACAGAGGAACGGCAGGUUGCGGGGAGGAAGGUAAGGCAAUUGAUCAGGCCUCUCGGCGAUAACGGGCGUAGGUUUUGGGUAACGGAAAUGGCGAUUUCAGAUUUUAAUUGGGACUUAAUGGCUGAUGUAUUUAGGGUCGUUAGUUGAUCGGGAUUGGGUUACAAUGAUGAGAGGGCAGGAGAAAUCGAAAACCGAAGAAGAAGAGGUGAGCAGCGAGCAUCUGUCCCUGGAAAGGCUAGAUGGAGCCGGCACCAAGAGGAAGAGGAGCGAGGUGGAUCCGAACGAGGGUAGUGGCUCGGGGACGCAAGAAGAGGUCCGGAAGCUUGACGACGGCGAGAAGCUUUGUUGUGGACUUCGAUGUUGGCGGGUGAAGGAUAGCACGGAACCGUCAAUGAGGCCAAACGCUUACCUACCCAAACGACGUGGAAUCUUGGCAAUCCGGCAUUUCCCUCCGAACUGUGGUCGGAGAGGGGAAGCCGAAGGUGGGAUUGACGGUGGCGGGGGUUUCUCGCGGAGGGCGGCCGUUGACGAGGCGAUGUUCGAGGAAGAAGAAGAGGAACCUGAGGAGUCGGUCGUGGAUGGGUUUGAGGAGGAGGAGGAAGGAGGCGAUGACGGUGGCCGGAGCUGGGGCGGCAACGAGAAAACCGUGAGGAGCGACGGCGAGGUAAGACGCUCCUGCAAUUUUGGAGUUCAAUGGCAUUGAGAUGGAAAUUUGAUGAAUAGUCAAGGACGUAUAUGUCUUUUUGGAAUUGGGGGAGAUUUGGUAAAAAUUAGGAAGUUUAGGCGCCGUAAGUUAAUUGACCAGGCUUGGGGUGAAUUCGGAAUUGGUAAAUAUUGGGGUACCGGAUUGAAAUAAGCCGUUUGGACUGAAGUGUUUAAAUCAGAAAGUGGAAAUUGGUAUGAAGGACUGAAUUGAGCAAUUCUGGAAAUUUGGGGCCCAAUUGUAAAACCUGGGAAUUUCGAGUACCAUUUGGUAAUUUGUCGUUUUGGGGCAAAAAGGUAAUUUUCCAGAAUUUUAUGAGGAAUCUUAGGAGAGGUUAAAUGGAGGAAAUUGGGAUUGAAAUUAACCAAAUUGAUGGUCGUUUGGUUAGUUACGCUUAGAGAUAAGUGAGUUAAGUUUUGCCUAAUUAUCUAAUAGGAGGAAAUGCAAAAGGAAGCGAAGCACGAGGAGUUGGAGCGUGGAGUUUCGGAGGAUGACGUGGGGAAACCGUCGAUUAAGAAGAGUCGUCUUUUCGAGGUGAGUGUAAAGGGGGUAAAAUCUCCGUCGAGGUCUUUUAGUUUAUGCCUUUUUGAUUCGGUUAUGUUAUUUAAUUUUCAAGUAAGCGCGAUUAUGUGUGUGAGGCAUCCCACCGCCUACUUAAGGUGGAGGCACGCGUUGUGCUAUGUAUGUGUGUGUUUAUGAUGUAUGGAUGAUGAUAAUGGAACCCCCGGGCGGUUGGGCCACUACUGGAUGCGGUAGAUGGUCGGGUCACUACUGGACGGCGAUACGUACGCAGUGGUUGACCGGGUAUGGACUGGACGGCGAUACGUAACGCUGUACCAUUUCCUUGAGGAUAGGGACACCGGACGGCGAUACAUAACGCGGUGAUUCCCUAGUAAUAAGUAUAUAAGUUAAGGUAGUAGUAGAGAACUUCUACGGUUUAAGGUUAAAAGUUGAGAACCUCUAUGUGUUAAAGUUGAAAUGAGUUGUUAAGGACGAAAGUGAGAACGACUUUCAUCUAAGGAAAGGAAACGCUAAUAACGUGUUUUAGUAAGGAGAUUUCUAAGGGCAGAGACCUUAGGAAGUAACGACGAGACUGACCCCUUCUCACUCACAAGGUUGAGGUUGGGUUAGCGUAAGUGGAUCCCGAGGAGAAGUAAGAUGAGGCGAGCGGCCGUGCCAGUACUCGUGAGAUGUCAAGGAGCUGGGUGAAGAGUUAGAGUUAAAAUUUGGAAGUUAUUUUAUUAUUAUGAUUAUGAGUAUAUGUACUGGAGAUUCCAGGUUCAAGAUUCUGUGUUAAGUCGUUUUGAGUGUUUGAGUUUGAGAUUUUGCCCAAGUGUUGGGGCUUUUCGCUUAAAGUUCUUAAAUAAUGUCAGUUGUUUAUUUCAAAAUGUGGUUUGGGUUGCUCCGGAGUAACCGGUUUUUAGGUUUGAGUUGUGAUUUAAUUUUCGAAAAAGGUCGGGACGUUACACCGCCAUUGUUACUCAACUUUCCUCUGAUUUAUUUUUGCGAUAAUUCGACGAAUACAAACUCGAUCAAUCUUUCUCGCCACUGACUUGAACCGGGCUCUUGACACCACUUGAUAAAGCACGAGGGGGUGCUUUGUUUGAUCAUAAUACGCAGCUCGAAACUCUUCAACGAAAGAUGAAACGGAUAGGUAGAAUUUUGCCACAAUCAAGGUGAUUACUUGAUUGAUCAGAAACUUGUAAAACAAAUCUGGAAUCCUCACAGAAAAGCUUGACAAGUGUUCUAGAAUUAGCAAUGGAAUACUCACAAAACUAACUCAAGGAUUUGAUUCUUGAGACACAACUCAAAGAACGCGAAACUCACGUAGGAGUAAUUUUUAUUCAACUCAACUCUUCUGUUUUUACAACGAAAACUAGAAGGUAUUUAAAGGCAAAUAAACCUAAUACAAUCCUAAUAGAGCUAGGAAACAAUUAAGGUAAAAGUAUACA